UGGAGCUGGACCUGAAGACCGGGAGCGCCGGGCCGGCGGCUGCGGCACAGAGGCUCCACCGGGCGGAGACCCCGGCGGAGAGCGAGCGGGCCACGGUGGCCUCCCGGCGGAGUGGCCGGGCCGGGAGCUUGCUGCGCUGGUUCUCCACCGCGGUCCUGUAUGCCGCCUUCCUGGGGCUGGGACUGAGUGUUGCUAUCCUGGGACCCACAUUUCAAGAUCUGGCCGAGAACGUGAACAGAAACAUCAGCAGCCUGUCUCUGAUAUUUGUGGGCCGCGCCACUGGGUUCUUGUGUGGCUCCAUGAUUGGUGGGGUUCUCUUUGACCACAUGAACCAGUUCUUUCUUUUGGGAGUGUCAAUGGUGGCAACUGCAGUGGGACUUUAUCUCAUCCCAUUCUGCAAGACAGCAGUCUUAUUGAUCAUCACCAUGUCUGUCUUUGGGGCUUCCGUUGGCGUUGUGGAUACAGGUGCAAAUGUCCUCAUCUUGGCUCUCUGGGGGGACAAAGGUGCCCCACAUAUGCAGGCCUUGCACUUCAGUUUUGCCUUGGGUGCCUUUCUGGCUCCCCUGCUGGCUAAGUUGGCCUGGGGUACAGCGUCUGCUCAGAACCACACCGAGUCUGACUUUGACCCUCUGAUGCUGAACCGGUCCUCCAAAGCCUCCUCAGACUCUGUGUUCGCUGUACCCGAUGACAUGAAUCUGCUGUGGGCAUAUGCUUCCAUCGGCACCUAUGUUUUAGUAGUUUCUGUCUUUCUCUUUGGUCUGUUUUGUAAGAAACAUUCGAGGCAGGAAAAAUCUACAGCAUCUGCACAGGGAGCUCGGAGGGCUAAAUAUCACAGGGCCCUGCUAUGCCUCCUCUUCCUCUUCUUCUUCUUCUAUGUGGGAGCUGAGGUGACCUACGGCUCUUUUGUAUUCUCCUUCGCCACUACCCAUGUUGGCAUGGAAGAGAAUGAGGCAGCUGGCUUGAACUCCAUCUUCUGGGGGACCUUUGCAGCCUGCAGGGGACUGGCCAUCUUCUUCGCGACACUCUUACAGCCUGGAACCAUGAUUGUGCUGAGCAACAUUGGCAGCCUGGCCUCAUCUUUCUUUCUGGUGCUUUUUGACAAGAACCCUCUUUGUCUCUGGAUCGCAACUUCUGUGUAUGGAGCCUCAAUGGCAACCACCUUUCCCAGUGGAGUUUCUUGGAUUGAGCAGUACACCACCUUAACUGGGAAAUCUGCAGCAUUCUUUGUCAUUGGCGCUGCCCUGGGGGACAUGGCCAUUCCUGCAGUGAUCGGAAUUCUUCAGGGAUACUACCCAGAUCUGCCAGUAGUUCUGUACACAUGUCUGGGCUCAGCCGUAUUCACGGCUGUUUUAUUUCCUGUGAUGUAUAAAUUAGCCACCUUACCCCUGCAACGCCAGCGCAAAGGAAAAAAGACAAGGGAAGCCCAGAAAGCUCUGCCCACCAGUUCUAGGCUGUGAGGAAGAGAACAUAAGAACAUUAAAAAAAAAAAAAAAAAAAAGGAAUGAAACAGAGUUUGAAGUUACAGUGAGUGAUCCACAAGGCCAUCUGUAACAGAGACAUCUGGAGAUGUUGUGAUGGAGCCCACACAAAUGCCUUCCUAUUGAGUUCUCUGCAGUUACUAAAGGCAAUCUCCCUGAGGCACACCUGGACGAAAGGGACAUAUACUGACAGAGGAUGAAAUACUUAGCAACUUUACCAAAUAAAGAGUUCAAUCAACUGGAAAAUGAAGAUUUUUCCAAAACCUAUUGGUACUCAAGCUUUCUGGGCCUAUUUGUAGAGAAUGCUAGAAAACUUAGAAAUGUUCUGUGAUUCUCAGUUAUCCAUAAACUACCAAAUGGUCUCAUAUAGUAAGAUCUCACUAGGAGACUUCUGCUUUGGCAGUUGAAGAAUUAGGUAGCAUUUAUGAUCACCACCUUUCAGAGCCCAGGAGGAAGGCAGAGGAGGCUGGGAAGCUGUGGACAUUCUGAUGUAUCAGAUGGGUUUUGUCGGACCACCCACCCACAUUCUACCAAGCGUUUGUGAAAUCUUUCUUCUAAGAGUCGGAUGUUGCUCUAACUCCUGUCGACCUGGGUGACAGUGUGCCAGUGACAAUGACUGAUGCCAGAUUUUUCAUUGCUACAAAGGAAACACAGCAGGGUUUAAGUUAGGCACAUGGCUCUGCGCUCAGGUCCUCCUGGGGGCCCUGAGCGGAGCCUCUCAGUCAUAGCCUUGAAGAUAAGAUGACUCCCAAAUUGAAAAUCUAUGCAUCAUAAAGUUU